AUGCCACUACCGGAGUCCCUCAAAUUUAUUGGAUCCACGCUAUCGUGGACGGUGCGUGCCGGGUGUGUAGCGCAUCUCAUACAUGAGUAUGUGUAUGAGUUCACUGAAACGAGAGGAGAAUCCAUGCUACCAACCUUACAGGCAAGACAUGACUAUGUUCAUGCUUUGAAGACUCACAGAUAUGGAAGAAAUGUCACUAUGGGGGAUUGCAUUGUGGCAACUAAACCGAGCGAUCCUGAACAUAGGGUGUGCAAGAGAAUAACGGGGAUGCCCGGUGACGUGAUAUUGGUGGAUCCAAGUUCAUCGUCUCUGCUUACAAACUCACCAACUGAAUCGGUAGCCCAUGAUGGAUUCAAUAAAUAUAUUCGCGUGCCAGAAGGACAUGUAUGGGUCACGGGAGAUAAUCUAUGUCACUCACUAGACUCGAGAUCAUACUCUGUUCUUCCAAUGGCAUUGAUUAAGGGGAAGAUUGUGGCCGCUAAUUCAAUGGACAAGGGCUUAAGAGACCCAAUCUCGGGCUCAUUUUGGUUCUGGAACCUAAGAUGGAUCGGAAAUUCGUACUCAUCGGAAUAA